AUGCAAGCUUCACGGUCUCCAGCUUCCUCACCGUUAAGCGGCACGAAUGACGCUUUGAGCAUUCGGGUGGCAAUUGUUGGAGCCGGCCCUGUUGGGCUCUGGGUGGCUGUUCUCCUGGCCCGCGCACACGCGCGGCUGUUUUCCACAUCCUCUGGCUUUCGCAUUACUCGUCUUCCCGGUGCACCGGAGAUCAACGUCUUUGAACGCCGAGCUGACGACGGUGGUUGGGGAUCACGCCGCAUUGUCCUGGCUAUGUCAAAUGCCUCGCAGGAUUCACUAAACAGCCGCAUUCUGUCCGACAAGGAGCUAAGUGCGCGUCAUUGCUUCGCUCCGACUUGCUCCAUUAACCUGAUCGAGUCUGUUCUGCGUCAGGAGUUCGAGAAGUAUGCUGCCGCUGGCUUUGGUGCCAUUCAUUUGGGCAAGGUCGUCGAGGAUCCCGAGGUGCUCCUGGCCGACCAUGAUGUUGUUUUCGUGGCCACUGGCCGCAGCUGGCCCGGAGAGGGAUGGCGAAGAGGUCAUGGCUUUGAGCUUGCCGUUGGCCAAUCGGAUGAGGCGCUGAUUCUGAAGUUUGUUUUGCAGCCGGCCCCGGAGUUGGGGAAGAUCUUGCAGGAGGUGCGUAGUGCCGUGGGCCGUUUUGAGGCUCCUGGCCUUCCAAUGUACAUCCUGCGGCCAGGAGCAAGCGAGGAGCAGGGUUGGUUGUGGGUCCUGGGACUCCCUGCAGACAUUAUCCGCCACCUUCGUGGAGCCAUCCUCGAGGCGUCGCAGAAGGACUUUGCUGCCUCCCACGCUUCGCAAGGCUUGAAACUGAGCUCCUUCCUUGGGGUUUUGACCAGUGUUCCACCUCGAAAGAGUCGAUCCAAGUUGGUGGCGGGCUUGCGCGCCGCAUUCACAUAUUUGGACAAGCAUCUCAGGCCUUGUGAAGUUGCUCCGCGGAUCACGCUUGCGUCGUACUGGCACUCCAGCGAGGUAGUGCAGCGCGUGCAGCUGGGCAGCCGCACAGGCUGGAUCGUGUUGGUGGGAGAUGCUGCUUGCGGAAAGCCCUUCUAUUUUGGGUCCAAUCUGAAUGGUCAUUUCCAGGAUGCUCUGGCCCUCUUGUCAGCACCGUGGGCUCAUUGGCCACGGCAAGCACAAGGCGAGAGCCUGCAUCCACAGAGGGCGACGGGCCUUUCAAGCGAUAUGCUGCCGAAUAUCGUCGGCGCAUCGCUGAAAGUAAAGGCAGCAGCUUCCACGCAAGUGGCGCUUGCUGAAGAGAGGCAGCGAUCUGAAGCGGAAAAGCGGGAUUUGAAGGCAACCAUCGCCGAGCUGGAAUCCAGACUUCAGCUGCAAGACGAAGAACUGCGACGGCAAGAUGACCGGCAGCAAGAGCUGUCGCAUGACCUGCAUGAGGCUCGGAGAGUGGCCGAAGAGCGCCAACAAGCUGCGGAGAAGGCCUGGCAGCAUAUUGAGCAGGUUAGAAUGUCUGUGGCUGCUGAAGAUGAGGCUGUGGAGCAGGAGGAAGAGGUCACAACUCUGCCUUCCUCUCGCGCCGCAUCCCCAGAAAUGGGGCUCAGACCAGCUUCUGGUCGAUCGCCCACGCAGUCACGGCCCUCUGCAAGCCCAUCCCCUCCUCGAGGAGCUGACGUGACGAGCCUGGAGAUCACCAAGGUUGAAGCUGCUGUGCAAGCUGCACAGCACCCUGCGGGAGAAGUUGUCCUUGGAGCCGUCGAGGACCUUGACGCAUCGCCAAUCGCAUCAGCAAGCCCUCCAGGUGCUGGCACGCUGUCCUCGCCAAGGGCAUGUGGCCAGCCCAGUGUGCCUGAGGAGAAGCGCUCAAAGCUUGGUGGCACUCAAGCACAAGAUGUGCAGAUUCUGCCGCAAGCGGGUUCACCUUCUAUAACAAGUCGCACGCAGGAGGAUGGCCUGUGCAACGACAGGUUGCGGGCCUUGGAGUUGUGCAUGGAGGAAACGCGUCGACAGCUGGAGGUUUGCCUAGAGACGGCUUCGAGAUCCUACCCCUCGAUGGCCAGCCCUGCGAAGGUAGAGGCGACGGAAGAGCCGAUCCCCGCCUACGCAUCUCGUCCAGUGUCACCUGAGCGCCUUGCCUCUCACCCGGCAGAGGAGGCUGCAGCUGGCAGAAGUCGAGCCGCCUCCCCAUCCUUGGCGACCCAAAGUUGGACUGAUGCUCCAGCUACAGAGCUUCCCCACGUGCACCUCCAAGGAUGCCUGCUGCUCCGCUCCCUCUUGGCCACCCAGCUCGACCCGCCGGAGCUGCUGCAGAAGGCUCAAGCCAUGAUGCGGCUCAAGGCUGCUGUGGGCGAGGUCUAUGCUGUGCUGUGUCUUCAGACGAAGGCGAAGUCGUUCCUGGCCCAGUCCAGAGUGGCAGAGCUGGCCCAGCGAAGGAGACCACGGCCACAGUCGGCAAGCUCUGCUCCCUUCCGCCACGUCACAAACGCCUCUGAGGCGCAGAGGCGGCGCAUGACACUCGAGGGUGCAGCACACCGAUCCGGAGGCGAAGAAGCGACGGGGGUAACGGCCAGGAGGCGGUGGACGGCCUGCGCACGACCAGAGAGCGUUCCACCCCUUCCGUUAGAGUUCGUGCAGUUUGGGGAGCGAGUUGUCCGAGAAGUCUCUCUUGGUCAACCUGCCCAGGCUGAGCAAGACGUGCAUGUCACCGACGAGGCGACGCCAUGCAGGAACCCAUGUGGCAGUGCAAUCUCUGCGGCGCGUUCUCUGAUGGUAAAAGAUGGGAAGCCCGCCCGACCGAUGAGCAUCGCGCCUUACGAGCGAGUGCUUCUUGCACAGACCGUGUCAGCCUAG